AUGGAUGGAUACAAUACCUCCAGGAAUUCCUCUUGUGAUCCUAUACUGGCGUACCAUUUAACCCCGCUUUACGUCAUAGUGCUCAUUGGAGGACUGGCAGGUGUCAUCUCCAUCCUGUUCUUACUGGUAAAAAUGAACUCGCGUUCAGUGACCACCAUGGCAGUCAUUAACCUGGUGGUGGUUCAUGGGGUGUUCCUGCUGACUGUGCCUUUCCGUUUGGUGUACCUCAUCAAGGGGACUUGGACGUUCGGACUACCCUUCUGCAAAUUUGUGAGCGCCAUGUUACAUAUACACAUGUACCUCACCUUCCUCUUCUAUGUGGUGAUCCUGGUCAUCAGGUACCUCAUCUUCUUUAAGCGUAAAGACAAAGUAGAAUUCUACAGAAAAUUGCAUGCAGUUGCUGCUAGUACUGCCUUGUGGCUUUUGGUGAUCAUCAUUGUGGUGCCCCUGGUGGUUUCUCAGUAUGGCAAUCAUGAAGAAUACAACGAACAGCAGUGCUUUAGGUUCCAUAAAGAACUUGCCCGCGAUUAUGUACAAGUUGUCAACUAUAUGAUAGUCAUCAUUGUCAUAACCAUUGCGAUGAUUCUCUUGGGUUUCCAGGUCUUCAUCACAUUGUCCAUGGUGCGAAAGUUUCGCCAUUCCUUACUGUCUCACCAGGAAUUCUGGGCUCAACUGAAAAAUCUCUUCUUUAUAGGCAUAAUCCUUAUUUGUUUUAUUCCCUACCAGUUCUUCAGGAUGUAUUACUUGUAUGUAGUGGCGCAUUCCAAGAACUGUAAAAACAAAGUAGCAUUUUACAAUGAAAUCUUCUUGAGCACAACAGCAAUCAGCUGCUAUGAUUUGCUGCUCUUUGUCUUUGGAGGAAGCCAUUGGGUUAAGCAAAAGAUUACCGACCUAUGGAAUUGUCUUUUAUGUCAUUAGCAAAGAUAACAGUAUUUUUCUCAUCCUGUUGGGAAUGACAAUA